AUAGUGCAAAUAAACACCUUCACAGCGGAUCAAAAAAAAAAAAAAAACACCUUCACACACACGCUCUCUCUCUCUCUCUCCUCCUCGGGUUGCUGCGAGGUGCGCUUUUUCAUACUGUCUCUAUGUAGGGAAGAUCUUUUGCAGUUAAUGACUGGGAUUCUUGAAGCUUUUUAUUUAAUACCUGAAAUAUACUGGAUUUGGGGAUUGAGAAAUUUGCUUGUUUGGAAACAAGACUAGGCCAGAAGUGUGUUGCUUAUUUCAAGAAAUUGGGGGUGUUAGUCUUGACUGUUGGUAGAUUAUUUGUGAGAUCAUGGCAAUGGAUCCACGGAUUAGUGGGUUUUCAAGUUCCAUGACUGGAAUCCCAUGUCGAAACCAAUCUGUGUCUUUUUACCCGGAUCGGAGCCUAGCAUCCGGAUCUUGUAUCGAAACCACCUUUCUAAAUCACAACUUUGGAGGGAUCGAAAUCCCCUUUGAUCCCUCACCGAGUGAUGGAGUCCCGAGCUCAACAGUGACUUCUGAGGAUGAUUCUCAGGAGGACUGCGAUUUUUCAGAUGCUGUUCUGAGUUACAUUAACCAGAUGCUCAUGGAGGAAGAUAUGGAAGACAGGACCUAUAUGCUUCAAGAAUCACUAGAUCUCCAAGCUGCAGAGAAGUCAUUCUAUGAUGUCAUUGGGAAAAAAUAUCCUCCUUCCCCGGAACCAAACCCGGCUCUUUAUUUUGACCAAAACAGCGAAAGCCCUGAUGAUUGUUAUGUUUCUGUGAAUCACGGUAUUUGUAGCAAUUACUUGGUUGCUGAUCCACCCUGGUUUAACAAUCUACCUGACCAUAGUUCCUAUAAUGUGAAAACUCUUCCUGAUUAUAAUUGUGCUCAAUCGUUGGUUAGCUCAUCUAGUAGUUUGAGCAAUGGGAUCUUGGACUCUCCAUUGAGCCCCCUUCAAAUCGUUGAUUUGUAUAACGGGAGCCAAUCUAUUUGGCAGUUCAAAAAGGGGGUCGAAGAAGCGAGUAAGUUUUUAACGAAGGGUAAUGAACUGCUAGUGAAUUUUGAGGCCAAUGGGAUGUUGUCAUCUGAGGAACUAAAGGGAGAAGAUAGUGAAGUGGUGGCUAAAGUGGAGAAAAAGGAGCAGGGAGAGUACUCGCCUAAUGGGUCGAAAGGGAGGAAGAAUCUUUACAGAGAAGGUGAUAUUGAUUUAGAAGAAGAAAGAAUUACAAAGCAGGCAGCAGUGUUUUCUGAAUCUCCUCUUCGGACGGAGAUGUUUGAUAUAGUCUUGCUUUGUGGCAGGGGGAAAGGUGAGAACUCAUUGGCAGCUUAUCGUGAAGCCUUGAAGAAGGAAACAAGCAAGAAAAUGCAGCAGAAUGGGCAGUCGAAAGGGCCUAAUGGCAGUGGAAAGGGUCGUGGCAAGAAACAAAAGGGGAAAAAGGAAGUGGUGGAUUUGAGGACUCUCUUGAUUCAUUGUGCACAAGCUGUUGCUGCGGAUGAUCAUAAGAGCGCAAAUGAAUUGCUCAAACAAAUCAGGAAGCAUUCUUCUCCGUGUGGGGAUGGGAACCAGAGAUUGGCUCAUUGCUUUGCCAAUGGCCUCGAGGCGCGUUUGGCUGGCACAGGUAGCCAGAUUUACAAAGCCUUCGUGAGCAAAAGAACAUCUGCUGCUGAUUAUUUGAAAGCAUACCAUCUAUAUAUUGCCUCAUGCCCCUUUAGCAAGAUUUCGAAUUUCAUUUCGAACAAGGCUAUUAAGGUGAAGGGAGGGAAUGCGAUGAGGAUCCAUAUAAUUGAUUUUGGUAUUCUCUAUGGUUUCCAAUGGCCUACCUUUAUUCAAAACAUGGCAAAGAGAGAGUGUGGACCCCCAAUGAUUCGGAUUACGGGAAUAGAGUUUCCCCAACCUGGGUUCCGCCCCGCAGCUGGAGUUGAGGAGACAGGGCGGCGUUUGAUGGAUUAUGCUCGGACUUUCAAUGUCCCGUUUGAGUACACCGCCAUAGCAAAGAAAUGGGAUAGCAUCAGGCUUGAUGAUUUGAAAAUUGAAAAGGAUGAGUUCCUUGUUGUCAAUUGCUUGUACAGGGCCAAGAACUUACAUGACGAGACUGUUCUUGUUGAAAGCUCUAGAAGUAUCGUUCUCAAUCUGAUACAACAGAUCAAUCCCGAUAUUUUCAUCCAUGGCAUCGUCAAUGGGGCCUACAGUGCCCCUUUCUUUGUUACCAGAUUCCGGGAGGCUAUGUUCCAUUUUACGGCACUAUUUGAUAUGCUUGAAACAAAUGUGCCUCGCGAUCAUCCCCAGAGGAUUCUCAUUGAGAGGGAGAUAUUUGGGAAGGAAGCUAUGAAUGUUAUAGCGUGUGAAGGGUGGGAAAGAGUUGAGAGGCCAGAAACGUAUAAGCAGUGGCAACUCCGUAUUUUGCGGGCGGGAUUCAGGCAGAUCCCUUUUGAGCGGGAGAUUGUGACGAGGGCAACAGAAAAGGUGAGGUCUCGCUACCACAAGGAUUUUGUGAUCGCCGAAGAUGGUCGGUGGUUGCUGCAGGGAUGGAAAGGCCGAAUCAUUUAUGCCAUUUCAUGUUGGAAACCGGUUGAGCGAACUUGAAAUGAAUGCAUGCUUUACUUAGUACUGUGUCCUGCACUUUCUCGCUUAUUUGCAGCCCUAGUUAUCUUACCUAAAGUACAUUUUUCCGGUUAAAUCUUGUUUCUUUCUUUGUAUUUCUCCCUUCAUUUAUUGCUUGAUUUAUUUUACUUGCGACUGAACAGUAGCUGAUUUUGAUACUCAGCUGCUUAUCCUUCGUUGCCACGAGAAGGCUUAGUUGGUUGUUCUGGUGGUUGAUGCACACUUGCUGCAGUAAAUUGUCUUGCACUU